GGCGUGCGCCACACUUGAAGAGGGCGCGGGAGGCGCUCGCCGAGGCCGUGGAUCUGUCAUGGAGCUAGUGCAGGAAGCGCGGGAACUGGGUCGCUGGGCGGCUGAAGAGAUGGGGACGCCCGUGGCGGCCCAGGCUCCGGAAUCGACUCUGCGCAGGCUGUGUCUGGGCCAGGGGGCUGACAUCUGGGCCUAUGUCUUGCAACGUGUGCACAGUCAGAGGACUAUCAGGAAGAUUCGGGGAAACCUACUCUGGUAUGGCCACCAGGAGAGUCCAGAGGUCCGUCGGAAGUUGGAACUGGAAGCCACUGUGGCCCGCCUGCGGACAGAGAUUCAGGAGUUAGACCAGAGUCUGGAGCUGAUGGAGCGAGAGACUGAGACUCAGGACCUGGCCAUGGAGCAGGUGUUGCAAAGCAUACAGGACACUCAGCGUCGAGCUCUCCUCCUUCGGGCCAAAGCUGGGGCCAUGCGAAGACAGCAGCAUGGGCUCCGAGAGCCCACGCUGAGACUGCAGAACCAGCUCAGGCGCCUGCAGGACAUGGAGAGGAAGGCCAAAGUGGAUGUGACUUUUGGACCCCUGACAGCAGCUCUGGGCCUGGAGCCUAUGGUCCUGCGUGACACCCGAACAGCCUGCACCCUCCGGGCCCAGUUCCUGCAGAACCUCCUGAUUCCCCAGGCCAAGAGGGGCAGCAUCCUAAUCCCUCAUGAUGACCACUUUGGAACUUCCUACCAGCAGUGGCUUAGCACAGCAGAGACGCUGCUGAUAAACCACCCCCCAGGUCACGUCCUGGCUGCCUUGGAGCACCUGGCUGCAGAGCGAGAGGCAGAGAUUCAGUCUCUGUGCAACGGGGAUGGGGUUGGAGAUAUGAAGAUAUCCGGGCCCGAGGCACCAGACCAGUCAGACUCCAGCCAGACCCUGCCAUCCAUGGUGCAUCUCAUCCAGGAGCGUUGGCAGACUGUGGGUGCACUGGUCACCCAGAGGGGUCCCCUCCUAAAGGAGCGACAAGUCCUGACCCAGCGCCUCCAGGGCCUGGUGGAAGAAAUAGAGAGACGUACUCUGGGAUCCCAAAGGCAGGCACUGAUGCUGGGGCUUCGGGGCUGUGGCCUGCGGGCAGAGCUUAAGGCUCUGCGUGCCCAGAGCCAGGAGCUGGAGGAUGCAGCUGGGCAGCGGCAGCUUCUGCUGAGGGAGCUCCAGGCCAAACAGCAGCGGAUCCUACACUGGCGCCAGCUGGUGGAGGAGACCCAGGAGCAGGUCCGCCUGCUCAUCAAGGGAAAUUCAGCCAGCAAGACCCGCCUGUGCCGGAGCCCCGGGGAGGCACUGGCGCUAGUCCAGCGAAAGGUGGUCCCCACAUCUGAGGCGGUGGCACCACAGAUCCAGGAGCGGUUUCGCUGCCUGGAGGAAGAAGUCCGGCAUCUGCCCCACAUUCUGCUGGGCACCCUGCUGCGGCACAGCCCUGGAGAGUUGAAGGCCCUGCCCACAGUCCUGCCGUCCAUUCACCAGCUGCACCCUGCAUCCCCGAGGGGCUCCAGCCUCAUAGUCCUGAGCCAUACGCUGGGACUGCCACCAGGGAAGGCACCAGAGCUGCUUCUCCCGGCGACUGCCUCUCUUCGCCAGGACCUUCUGUUCCUCCAGGACCAGCGAAAUCUCCGGUGCUGGGAUCUGGUCCAUAUGAAGAACAGCCUACCGUCGGGACCACCUACCCAGGAGCUGCUGCAGAGCCAGGCAUCCCAGGAGAAGGAACAGAAGGAGAAUCUGGGGCAGGCUCUGAAGAAGCUAGAGAACCUGUUGAAACAGACACUGGAGCGAAUCCCUGAGCUGCAGGAGACUGUGGGGGACUGGUGGGAGCAGCCAGGCCAAGUUGCCCUCUCUGGGGAGCUCUGCCAGGGCCUGUCUCUAGCCCAGUGGCAGCUGCGCUGGGUUCAAGCCCAGGGGGCUCUGCAGAAGCUGUGCACAUGAAGAGGGGCCCAAACAGGAGUCAAGAAUUUCACAUUUGGUCACCUGGACACUACCUCUCCCAAUACAACAUUUGGAAGAAAGCACUGCCAGGAUUUGUCAGCCCUCUGCCCCAACCCAUACCUGCAGCCCGGUCUCAUAUUCUGCCAAAGCUAAGAGUACCCUGGACCACCCCCCGACCCCUGAAACUCCCUUCAUCACACUGAUCUUCAACCCAAAGUAACUGAG